AUGUCCUACAACCUCACAGAGAUGUCCUACAACCUCACAGAGAUGUCCUACAACCUCACAGAGAUGUCCUACAACCUCACAGAGAUGUCCUACAACCUCACAGAGAUGUCCUACAACCUCACAGAGAUGUCCUACAACCUCACAGAACCACCCUACAACCUCUCCUCACUCCUCUACCUCUCACAACCAUCUCACAACCUCACAGAACCACCCUACAACCUCUCCUCACCCCCACCUCUCACAACCAUCUCACAACCUCACAGAGAUGUCCUACAACCUCUCCUCACUCCUCUACCUCUCACAACCAUCUCACAACCCCUCACAGACACAACCUACAACCUCUCCUCACCCUCUACCUCUCACAACCAUCUCACAACCUCACAGAACCACCCUACAACCUCUCCUCACUCCUCUACCUCUCUCACAACCAUCUCACAACCUCACAGAACCACCCUACAACCUCUCCUCACCCCUCUACCUCUCAACCAUCCUACAACCUCACAGAGAUGUCCUACAACCCUCCUCACUCCCUCUACCUCUCACAACCAUCUCACAACCUCACAGAGAUGUCCUACAACCUCUCCUCACUCCUCUACCUCUCACAACCAUCUCACAACCUCACAGACACAACCUACAACCUCUCCACACUCCUGA